AUGGAGCUCAGGGACCCCGAGACCCAGGAGGAUGGGAACCCGGAGGAGGACACAGCCACGGCCCUCCAGAGGCUCGUGGAGCUGACAGCCACCAGGGUGACCCCAGUGAGGAAACUGCGUGUCCAGUAUCACCUCAUCCGAAAGCUUGGCUCUGGCUCCUACGGCCACGUGCUCCUUGCCCGGCCACGCCAAGGGGGUCCGGUUGUGGCUCUGAAGCUCCUACCUCGGGACUCGGUCCUGAGAACCACCUUCCUGAGAGAGUUCUGUGUGGGCCGCUGUGUCUCGUUACAUCCAGGCAUGAUCCAGACCCUCGCAGGACCCCUGGAGACCCCCCGACACUUCGCCUUUGCCCAGGAGUAUGCGCCCUGUGGGGAUCUCAGCGGGAUGCUGCAGGAACAGGGCCUCCCAGAGCUGCAGGUGAAGCGGGUGGUGGCCCAGCUAGCUGGAGCCCUGGACUUCCUCCAUGGCCGGGGGCUGGUCCAUGCGGACGUGAAGCCAGGAAACGUGCUGGUCUUCGACCCUGUCUGCAGCCGUGUGGCCCUGGGUGACCUGGGUCUGACCCGGCCUGAGGGCAGUCCAACCUCUGCCCCGCCACGGCCACUGCCCUCCGCCCCACCCGAGCUCUGCCUCCUGCUGCCCCCUGAAACCCUGCCCCUGCGACCAGCAGUGGACUCCUGGGGGCUGGGGGUGCUUCUCUUCUGUGCGGCCAUUGCCUGUUUCCCUUGGGACGUGGCGCUAGCCCCUGACCCUGAGUUCGAGGCCUUUGCUGGCUGGAUGAUCAACAGGCCCCAGCCACUUCAACCACCGCCCCCUUGGGACCAGUUUGCGCCCCCGGCUCUGGCACUGCUCCAGGGCCUUCUGGACCUGGAUCACGAGACUAGGAGACCCCCACUGGCUGUCCUGGACUUCCUGGGGGAUGACUGGGGGUUAAAGAACAAAGAGAGACCUGGGUGCUUGGGGAGUAUGUCCAGUGAAGUUGGGGAGGAGGAGGAAGAGGGGGGAGCAAGCCUGGAAGAGUGGUCAGAGGAGGAGGAGAAUGAUGACAAAGAUGGUGGGAGGACGGGGACAGAUGGCGGAGAGCCCUGA